AAGGAAGGAGACAUCGACAUCGGCGGAAUUUUCGAUCUGCACUCCCGUACAGAUAAAUCAGAAUCCUCAUUUCAAACCAGACCGGAAGCCGUGAAAUGUGAAAGUGUUGUACUCCGUCAAUUCCGUUUCACACAGGCGAUGAUAUUUGCGAUUGAAGAGAUAAACCGGAGUCCCGUUCUGCUUCCCAAUAUUACACUGGGCUACAGGAUUUAUGAUUCAUGCAAUCAGCCUCACUUUUCAGUGAAAGCUGCUUUCGAAAUGAUCAACGGACAGGACCCCACAUUCCCACAACGAUCCUGUCCCCCGCGUUCACUGGUACCUGCCAUCGUGGCUGAUGCAGGAUCUUCGCAGUCCCUGGCAGUUGCAGCGUCAAUAGGUCCUUUCAAAGUUCCUAUGGUUAGCUAUUUCUCCACGUGUGCUUGUCUCAGCAACCGGCGGGAAUUCCCCUCCUUCUUUCGAACGAUCCCGAGCGAUUACUUCCAGGCCAAAGCGUUGGCCCAACUUGUCAAGCGGUUUGGAUGGACUUGGAUUGGAACGGUGAAUAGCGACAACGAUUACGGCAACUUUGGGAUGCAGGCCUUCACUGAGACGGUUCAGCAGCUUGGGGUUUGCAUUGCCUUCUCCGAGUCUUUCCACAGGACGUAUUCGAGAGAAAGAUUACUUCGUGUUGUCCGCGCUAUUCGGACAGCUUCCACAAAAGUCGUGGUGGCUUUCCUCGCUCACGGCGAUAUGACCAUUUUAUUGAGGGAAAUUGUUCGACAAAAUAUUACUGACAUCCAAUGGGUGGGCAGUGAGGCUUGGAUCACCACUUCGUUUCUGCCUCCAGAGGAGACUGAAAGAUUCGUCACUGGAGCAAUCGGGGUCGCCAUACGUAACGUGAAUAUCCCGGGAUUUAAAGGCUUCUUAACAGGUCUCCAUCCGUCUGCCUAUCCCGGUAAUAUUUUAGUGGAAGAAUUUUGGGAGAAUACCUUUGACUGUAGCCUAAAAAGAAUACCUGUACAUAAAAACACAAGUAUUACAACGGCCACCGCUCAGCUUCGUCAAUGUACAGGAACAGAGAGCCUAAACACCGUGUCCAACACCUACACGGACACUUCUCAGCUGAGGGUGACGAACAAAGUUUAUGAAGCUACUUAUGCCAUAGCCCAUGCACUGCACAACAUGUUCUCCUGUAAAAGUGGUGAAGGUCCAUUUGCCAACCUGUCUUGCGCAAGCAUUUCAAAUUUUCAGCCGUGGCAGGUCUUGCACUAUAUGCAAACACUCAAUUUCACAACUAAGGUCGGGGAAAGAGUAAAUUUCGACGAAAACGGGGACUCGGCGACUACGUACGAUAUUGUGAAUCGGCAGGUGAAUGACGGGGGGAAUGCCACUGUCUUGAUAAUUGGACACUAUGACGGAUCCGCGCCUUCAACUGAGCAGGUCAUUAUAAAUGAAGGAUCGAUAGUGUGGACCGGCAGACGCAGACAGGUCCCCCGGGCAGUUUGUUCCAACAGCUGUUCCCCCGGAACAAGAAAAGCAGCUCGCAAGGGACAGCCUAUUUGUUGCUUCGAUUGCAUUCCGUGCGCUCAAGGGACGAUCAGUAACGCCACAGAUUCAAUUGAGUGCAUGAGGUGUCCCAGCGAUUCCUGGCCAAACGAUCGGCAAGACCAAUGCAUAGAGAAGCAGUUUGACUUUCUCUCAUUUGCCGAGGUGAUGGGGAUCGUUCUCACCACACUGGCGCUGAUCGGAAGUUGCAUCACUGCCACGAUUGGGGGUAUUUUCGUGCUUCACAAAGACACUCCGAUCGUGAAGGCCAACAAUUCGGAACUCAGCUUCCUUCUUCUCCUCGCACUGAGCCUUUGCUUCCUCUGUUCAAUCACAUUCAUUGGCCAGCCGACGCUAUGGUCCUGUAUGCUACGCCACACCAUGUUUGGUGUUAGUUUCGUCCUCUGUGUCUCCUGUGUUUUGGGCAAGACUAUUGUUGUGGUGAUGGCCUUUAAGGCGAAGCUACCCAGUAAUAAUGUGGCCAAGUUAUUUGGUCCCCUACAACAACGCUUCACUGUGUUUCUUCUUACACUGCUACAGUGCUUAAUAUGUACCGUCUGGAUCAUCAAAUCCCCACCACUCCCUGUCAAAAACAUGGCCUUCUCGAACGAAGUGAUCCUUCUGGAGUGCAACGUGGGCUCGGAAGAAGCAUUUUACUGCGUCCUGGGUUACAUUGGCUGCCUCUCAUUGGUUUGCUUUGCCGUUGCCUUUUUGGCACGAAAUUUGCCGGAUAAUUUCAAUGAAGCGAAAUAUAUCACAUUCAGCAUGUUAAUUUUCUGUGCUGUUUGGAUAUCUUUCAUUCCAGCUUAUGUCAGUUCUCCCGGGAAAUUCACUGUGGCAGUGGAAGUGUUUGCAAUUUUGGCUUCCAGUUUCGGCUUACUUUUCUGUAUCUUUGCACCUAAAUGUUACAUCAUAUUGUUAAAGCCAGAGAGAAAUACGAAGAAACAUUUGAUGGAGAAAGUGACAUCGUAA